GUGGAGUUCACCACACCUAUCGAGUCCAACUCCGUGGUGAUCCGGUACAGCAUACCCGACACGCAACAGGGUAAGGAUCAACAGAUCCGGGAUGCCGAUAUUGACCUGUAUGUGGGCGAUACCAAGCUCAAAUCGCUGACAUUCACCAACAAAUACAGUCAUUAUUACGGCGGCUAUCCCUUCAACAACAACCCCUCGAGUGGAAGUCCGCAUCAUUUCUAUGAUACCGUACGCACACUACUCGACAAGACAUACCCGGCCGGUACCAAAGUUAAGGUCCAGGUGUCGUCCACUGAUAAAUCACCAACAUUCACUAUUGAUCUGGCUGAUUUUGAGUUGGUGGGCAAACCCCUUGAACAACCAGCCGGUUCAUUGUCUGUCGUCGAUGCCGGUGCAGACCCUACAGGUAAAACCGACUCAACCAAGGCUUUCCAAAAAGCCGUUGAUGAUGGUAAAGGUCAACAGAAAACAGUAUGGAUCCCCCAGGGCACCUACCUGCUCUACGACCACGUGAUUGUAGAUGGCGUUACAAUUACCGGUGCCGGACCCUGGUACUCGGUGUUGGGCGGUAGACACCCUCAGGAUAAGAGCAAAUCUGGAGGUAUUUUUGGCAAAUACGACGCCGAUAUACCCGGUGGUAGCAAAAACGUGCACCUGUCCAACUUUGCCAUUAUCGGCGAUAUCCGAGAGCGUAAUGAUAAUGCGCCCACAAACGCAGUAGGUGGUUCCCUAUCCGACUCGACCAUUGAUAACCUAUGGCUGCAGCACGUGAAAUGUGGUGGGUGGUUUGACGGCAAAAUGAAUAACCUGGUCAUCAAAAACACUCGCAUCGAAGAUACCACCGCUGAUGGCGUCAACUUCCAUAAGGGAGUGACCAAUUGUGUCGUACAGAACUCGUUCAUCCGUAAUACCGGUGACGAUGGUCUGGCCAUGUGGUCCGAGCAGUUCCCCAACAAGAACAACAAGUUCAUCAACAACACCGUCGGUAUUCCCAUUCUGGCCAACAAUAUCGCUAUUUAUGGCGGAACUGACAUCGAAGUGAGCGACAACUUCGUGUACGACACCAUCACUAACGGCGGUGGUCUACACGUGUCUAACCGUUAUAACGGUGUUGUGGGCGAG